UGCUGGAGAUGAAAUCUGUAUUUUGGAUAAUGAUGGUUUUGGGGGUCGCCUUAAUAAUUCACGAAGCUGGAGCUGAUGAAGAAUGUAGCACAGUGACAGCACUAGUAUCAGCAUGCGCCAGCUUCGUGAACUAUGGCACACCAGACCCAAUUCCAGGUGAACCAUGCUGUGUUGCUAUGACGAGCCUAAGCAACAUAGCUAGCUCCACUGGCAUCGAGACUCGACAGUCUGUCUGCAGAUGCAUGAUGGAUCUUAUUACUACUUACAACCCAAAUGCUACUGCCAUUGCCACUCUGCCUGGUUUCUGUGGUGUUUCUCUUGGUUUCACCAUUGAUCCUACCACUGAUUGUGAAUACGUCUCAUGACAAAUUGGUCUCUAAAAACUGAUGCUGAAGAAGGAACACUUACCUUCACUCUAACCAAGAAGAGCAACCUUACUAGAAAAAAUUGUAUUUUGUUUUUAAGAUGGCUGUCCAAAGGGAAACUAAACAAAGACUAGUCUUCACUUCCUUUUAUGACUAGUAUGAUUGUGAAUAAUACUUAGAUUGCUCCAUCUUGACUCACAGCAGAAUUUGCAUUGCAUGAUAGGAAGAAAUUCCACCGAAGUUAAAAAUAUUCAAAAUAAAAAUGGAGAAAAUCUUACUUGAAACUGAAAAACAAAAGAAGGGAAAAUGACAAAAGUUAAUACUACUACUUACUUUAGAAUAGAAAUUUGUCUAAAAGUACAGAGAAAGUAAAAGGGUGCAACGCACUAGUUUAACUUUUUCCCGACUCCCUUCGGUCAAUUUUGUUAGUUAGUACGUUAGAGUCUGGUAAAUCCACAGGAAACAUAAGAGAAAAGUAAAAAGUGCAGAUGCAUGAAUAUCUUGGGAUCAGCUUCACGUGGGGGCUGUUUGGCUCAAAAGGAGGUGCAAUCCAAAGCACGGGACGAAUAUUAUUUUCGGCAUUUUCUUCCUCCAUUGAGGCUUUGAGCAGUCUCAUGGGACCCAAAGUAUGUGGGAAGAAAACUUUCUGGAAAUAUAUGAUUGCCCCUUUUCUUUUGUCAUUUCAGUUUUGGAUCUUCAAUUUUACAGCUUAAAGUAAAGAACUGCUGUAGCCUAGACAUAAAAGGUAUUUUCUCCGUGAAUGAAUAGUUCACGCGAGCGAAAUUGACUACACAAAAAUAUCGAAUCAUUUGCCUACAUUCUUUUUUCUGUAUUGCACAAAUUGUAGGAG